AUGGAGCCACAGCUACGGCAGCUGGGCCUUCCCACCACAUUAAAGAAAGGAGUGGUGACCCUCUUGUCUGAUCAUGAGGUGUGUAAAGAAGGAGACACUCUGACCCCCGAGCAGGCCCGCAUACUGAAAUUAUUCGGUUACCAGAUGGCGGAGUUUAAAGUGACCCUAAAAUCCAUGUGGUCCGCAGAGACUGGAGAGUUCCAGAAGCUUUCAGCCAAUGACGAUGUAGAGGAGAUGGAGGAUGAUGCAGAGGAGAUGGAGGAUGAUGCGGAGCAGCAGGAGGAGAAGGAGAAGAAAUUAGGGUCACGUGGCGAUCUGAAUGCUGCAGGCCGGGUGAUUGGAGUAUUCCUGCAUCAGCACAGAUUACCUCCUUGUGUGGACAGAGAUGGCUACCUCUGUGCUGACAGUCCUGAUUAUCAGGACAUGGUCCCUGGAGACUCUGUUCAUGUUCUGAGAGGAACAAUCCUAUUACUGUGUUUUAACAGAGACAUGCAGAGCGACGUGUACAUAAAGCCGGGGAGUUCUCUGCUGCAGGCUGAUUGGAGCGCAGCCUGGAAAUCACAAUAA